UGGAUCUUAUCGCCCGACACCCCGACGACGCCCCGUGAAAAUCCAGCCUAUCCCAUACUCUUUGAUAAGGGUAACUGACUUUAUAGUCUUCAGUCAACGGCGACAGUGACGGCAGUGAAAUUAAUCCAAUGGAACACCAAAAAUCACUAAUGAAGCUGAAAGAUACCGAUCCAGAGUUUUAUAAAUUUUUAGAACAGAAUGACACAAAUUUACUAAACUUUGAAUUGUCGGAUGAGAAUGAAGAAGACGACGAAGAUGGCGAGAACAGCUAUAGACAUGUUCCAAAUGCAAAUCUGGACAUUGCCAGUGACGAAAGUGACUUCGAGGCUGAAGAUGCUACCAUGACCCAAGCUGUAGGACAACCUAGGAAAGUCACUUGGCAAUUGCUGAAAACCUGGCAAACUAACAUCAAAACUGAUCGUACUUCAGCAACUAUCAAGUGUCUUACAGAGGCGUUGCAUGCAGCACUCCUCAGUAUUACUAGGGAUCCAGAAACGUCUGUAAAUUUGCCCUACAAGGUCGAGGGAAGUGCAAUAUUCAAUGGCAUUGUACAAUUAUGUGUAAUGGAACUUCCAUUUGCUCUAAAGCAAUUCCUAAACUUGACCGAAGAUGCAAGAUUUGAACCUCACAGAGCAAAGAAAUUCGUCAAAGUGAAAAACGCAUUAAAAUAUUAUUUAAGAGACUUAAUCAGUGUAAGUGUACCAGUUACCUCAUCUUUAAACUAGUUUCCCCAUCAACGGAUGUCUUGAAAAAUGGUCCGAUGUUUAAAUGUUGAAAAGUUGAAGAACCUGUUUGGUAUUUCAUGAAAGUUAUCUGUAAUCGAGUUACCAAAGCUAAUGACUUUUUGUUUACUAUCCCUUCAGAUCUUGGAAAACGUGACAUCGUCAGAUAUUUUAACGAUUUUACUUAAACACGUACAUCAGAUGUUACCCUACUUCCAAUCAUUUUCGAUAUUAAUUAAGCAUCUACUCAAAAUCUUGUUAAAAUUUUGGUCAACAAAUGAAGAAAGUG